CGGGUUUUCCCACCCCGGUGGGUUUUCCCCGCCGGCGGAAGCAACAUCACCUGUCCACCUUCACCAAUUCGACGGACAUCGAACUGCUACUGGGACGAUGUCCAGACCGGGGGAAUGCGGACUCAUGGGUCGGAUACCAAUGGACGGGCGUGUUUUCCGACAGAAUCGAGGUUGGAUACUGACUUAAACCAUCUGGCAGCGCCAGCAUGGUACCGUAACAACUUGGAUCGGCACGUGAGAAGGCUCUGACACGUACAUAAUUACACACUGACUCCUCCACAUCCCUGCGAUAUAUGGCUCUGGGAGGCGUGGUUUGCCCUAGUAAGGGACGUCCCCCACGUUAAAUACAAUCAAUCAAUUAAUCA